UGACAAAUCUGUUCCUUUUCUUGUUUGCCAGUCUUUCUUGUCUACGUAGAAUGUGAUCCACGUUUGUUAUCUGCCUCUGGUUUAUCCAUUUUAAUCAAUGCUGCCAUGCAAUCACUAAUUGUUGUAUUGUCGACGUAGCUAAAUGACCAAACAGCUUAACACAUCAUCUGCUUUACCUCAAAAAUGAAUCUUGCAUAGAUAUUACAAUACUGACUGGGAAAAAGAAGUACAAAAUCCCUAAAAGUAUUAAAUAUCUAUAUUUUCUAAUAAAAAAUUAUCAUUUCAAUGAAAUAUUUCAUAAUUUUUCAACAAGUUUUCUCUCUCUGCUUCAAAUAGAAAUUUGGCAAAAGAAAGGAGCACCAUUAAAUAUAAAACCAUCACAACAAACUUGAGGCUUUAAACAUCAAAUGACUUUUUGAUUUUUAAUUCAAAGAAGAUUCUUUACUUUAAAAAACAGAACAAAAAGGCAAAAAAAAACCGGACAAAACCCUGGUAUUUUUUUGAGGGUUCGUUCAUUGACAAGAAUAUUAAAGAUAAUCAAGGAUUAUUACUAAUUACUGAACUGAUAUCAUACCUGUCCAAAUACAUUAUUUAAGCACCAGAAUUAUGCCUAUCAAGCCUACCAAAAGCACUACUAGCCCUGCUGAUUCUGUAUGAAAUUUCAUCAUGAAGACCAGCAGUGCUCAAGUAUCAAAAUGGAUAUGAUGCAACUGUUGAAGGUUGCCACUGUAAUUACAGCUGCUCUUUUAGUAUGGAGUUGUGAUAAUGUUUCUGCCAAUUACCUGAAACGGACCAGCAACACAGCUCUUUCUUCUUACAUAAAUUUAGAACAACAAUUUUCUUUAGAAUCAGAAAUCAUCAGUUUAAUGCAAACGCUGCAAAAAGAAGAGAUGCGAGCAAAAAAAGAAACAGAAUUAGAUUUAAAUGAAAUAGAAAUUCAAGUUAAUCAAUCCAAAACUAUCCAUAGAGCUGUUGGCACUGAUCUUGAAGAAUAUCUUAACCAUCCUUUUAAUGCUUUCCAUUUAAUAAAACGGCUUUAUUAUCAAUGGCUAAAGAUCUUUAAUAAAAUUCUGGUGAAGAAAAUUCAACACAAAGGUUUGCGUUUGAAGUUAGAUAAUUUGGUUGAGAGUUUCCCUGAUGAAGAAGACUUCAUCACAAUUUCAUGGGGUCUAGCUAGGAUGCAAUAUCUCAAGAACAUAGACCUCACACUUCUAAUGAAUGGCACUGUCUUCAACAAACAUUCCCUACAGAAACCAACAGUCACUGACCUUUUUCAGAUUUCAAGAAUGAUUUUUGAGGAAGGAAACUUCUACACUGCUAGUCAAUGGCUGCGGGAAACUCUGAAAAUAUGCAAGAAAAGUGGCAAGAAAAAAAAGGGUUCUGAUGAGUUGCUAGAUAACCAGACAUUAAAUAUCACCAACAUCUUAAGUCUGUUAGCAUCUUCUUUGUAUGAGAUGGAACAAUAUGGCGAAGGAGUUAAGGUUUUGCAAGAACUUCUUGAUGUUGAUCCCCAUAAUAAACGUGCAAAAGAAAAUAAGAAGUUUUUUGAGAAGAAACUGAAAUCCCCAAAAAAGGCCCCAGGCAAAAUGGAACCUAAACUGCCAGAAGAUUUUCAAGAGGCAAACUAUGAGAAAUUAUGUCUGAAACAAGUUGUUCAGCCAGUUGAGAAAACAUCAAGACUCUAUUGUUACUUACAUCCGACACAUAAACAGUUAUUAUUUGGAAAAGCAGAGAUUCUUAGUCUGAAGCCUCGUAUUAUUAUAUUCCAUGAUUUGGUGAAAAACAACAUCACUGACUCAAUAAAAGGACUUGGUAUUAAUGAGAUGCAUUCAAUGCUGGAACAUAACAUAUACAAAUAUGAAAUGCAGGGGAUUUCACUUGAUGCAAAAAUGAAAUCACAGAAACAAAAUGAGCUGAAAAGACAUUUUACAAAUUUAAAGAACUUGGUAUUCCCUCCACUGGAAUCUAGCGUUAUGGAGAUUCGUAACUUUGGACUCCAAGGCUUUUUUGCACCUCUGCAUGCACCAGUGCCAUCUACUGGUGGACAAAUUGGUUCUUUUUUGGUUGCUUUGAAUGACGUCUUGGAAGGAGCUGAAAUUGUCUUCCCAUUUGCCAAUAUUACAACUACUGUAAAAAAGGGAUCUGCCCUCUUCUGGUAUGCUAUUCAUCUAUACCCAGCAGUCUGCCCUCUAUCCCAUGGUUCAUUGUGGCUUGCCUCUAUUGGGUACUAUGAAGGCAAAGCUGAUUACUGUCGAAUGACAGAGAGAAGAGCGUGGGACUUGCGAUGGCGACCACAAAAGAAACAGAAACCACAAGUAACUAUGAAUAAUACUGUUAAUGAAAAUAAAAAAGUUUAAUAAUCUCUACAGUUAA